AUGCACGGCUACAGCCGCUUAGGACGGCCAAGCACCGGAAGUGGGAGCAUCUCGCCGUCCCCAUCACCCCCUUCCUCCCCUCGAUUUCGUCGUAACAAAGUCAACAGCGGUGGAGGUGGAGGCUGUUUCCGAGGCGGUGGAGGUGGUGGUGUAGACGCGAAGCUGCAGAGUUUUGUGGAGCGGUGGGUGUAUGUUGUGAUAUCGGCGGUGUAUAGGCGGCGAGGGAUUUUAUUAUUUGCUCCCUUGCUUUAUAUCUCUGCAAUGUUGUUGUAUAUGGGUACAAUGGGGUUUGAUGUUGGUAUGAUUAGUAAAGGUAGUGAAAGUAGCACCGGAAAAACAGCUCCGGUUGGAUCUUUGUAUCGGAGUCCGCAGGUUUUUGAACACCUGUGGCCGUAUAUGGAAGCUGAAAAUAAUCGCAGCAAUGACUUGAUGAUGAAUGUGUGGAACAUGAAGACACGUCAAUCUUGGAAGCCCUGUAUUCCCCUCCAGAAUUCUGAAGCAGAAUUACCAAAAUCAAAUGGGUUCCUCAUAAUUGAAGCAAAUGGGGGGUUGAACCAACAAAGAUUAUCUAUAUGUGAUGCGGUGGCAGUGGCAGGGCUACUGAAUGCUACACUUGUCAUUCCAAUGUUUCAUUUAAACAGUGUAUGGCGUGAUUCAAGCAAGUUUGGGGAUAUAUUUGAUGAGGAGUUCUUCAUAUACGCAUUGAGAAGUCAUGUGAAUGUGGUUAGAGAAUUACCAGAAGAUGUACUCACACGUUUUGACAACAACAUAAGCAACAUUGUAAAUCUGAGAGUCAAAGGUUGGUCAAGUCCAACUUACUACCUUCAAAAGGUCUUGCCAAAGCUCCUGGAAUUAGGGGCUGUACGUAUUGCGCCAUUCUCUAACAGAUUGGCUCAUGCUGUUCCUUCAGAUAUCCAGGGGCAUAGAUGUCUUUCCAACUUUGGGGCACUUAGGUUUUCAGAACCUAUACGCACACUUGCAGCAAAAAUGGUUGAUAGAAUGAUCCGUAAUAGUUCUAGCAGUGGUGGAAAAUAUAUUUCUGUUCAUCUCCGUUUUGAAGAGGACAUGGUUGCCUUUUCAUGUUGCAUAUAUGAUGGUGGGGAGGAAGAACAAAAAGAAAUGGAUAUUGCCCGUGAAAGAAGUUGGAGAGGAAAGUUCCGGAAAAAGAAUCGGAUAAUAAAACCCGGUGCAAUUAGAAUGGAUGGAAAAUGCCCUUUAACCCCCCUCGAGGUUGGAAUGAUGCUUAGAGGCAUGGGCUUUGAUAACAAUACUUCUGUAUAUGUGGCAGCUGGUAAAAUCUACAAGGCGGAAAAAUAUAUGGCCCCACUUAAACAAAUGUUUCCUCGGUUAGAAACAAAGGAUACGUUAGCUUCACCUGAGGAGCUCGCUCCAUUUAUGGGGUACUCGUCUAGGUUGGCUGCUCUUGAUUAUACGUUAUGUCUACAUAGUGAGGUUUUUGUUACUACUCAGGGAGGAAAUUUUCCACACUUUUUAAUUGGUCACAGACGCUAUUUUUAUGAAGGACAUGCAAAGACAAUAAUACCUGACAAGAGAAAAUUAGCUCAAUUGUUUGAUAGCCCCCAUAUCAGAUGGGAGAGCUUUCAAAAGCAACUGCGGGAAAUGCUUCAUCAUAGUGAUGUAAAGGGGAGCGAACUGAAGAAGCCAACUGCCUCACUUUUCACUUACCCCAUGCCGGAUUGCAUGUAUCGGGUUAUUGAGCUGGUGUGCUAA